UCGGGAUAUCUGGCGGCCAGAGUGGGUUGCGAAGUGCAUCUGGUGACAAUGGGAUCGAAGUUGGGUGCUGUUUGUGCGAGAUUGAUUGGGAUUUAUUUGGUGAUGGUUUUGGAUAUUGUGGGUGCAGGGAAAACUAGUUCCAGCUCCAAGUGUGAAAAAUCUUUAACAACGGCAAGUGGAACGAAGGCUACUACGGGACCGUUCUGCCCGGGUGAUUUGAUAUUCGAGGAUACAUUCGACAGUUUCGAACUGGACACUUGGCAGCAUGAGAACACCUUGGCCGGAAAUACCAACUGGGACUUCCAGUGGUUUACCAACAAUCGAUCUAACUCUUUUGUGAAGGAAGGUAAUCUGUACAUCCGGCCUACGCUUUCGGUGGAUGAAUUUGGUGAGGCUUUCCUUAGAUCUGGAGUUUUGAACAUACAUGGAGGAGCUCCUGCCGAUCAAUGCACCAAGCAAAGCACCUUCGGAUGUGAGCGCGUGGGGUCACAUGUUCACAUAUUGAACCCGAUCAAGAGUGCCAGUCUGCGAACGGUCGACACGUUUGCAUUCAGAUACGGAAAGGUAGAGAUCAGUGCAAAGCUCCCUGCCGGAGAUUGGAUGUGGCCAGCUGUGGCUUUCCUGCCGAAGUACAACCCAUAUGGUGCCUGGCCUGCGUCCGGUGAAAUUGAUCUGCUGGAAUCGAAGGGUAACCGGGACUUGAUCAAGAAUGGGAUCAACGUUGGAAUCGAACAGGUCACGUCCAAGCUACAGUUUGGUCCGAAUGAAGGCUACAAUGCGGGAUCGACGGCAACGUUCACCAGGAAUGCGGAAUCCGGAAAGGGCUAUCACACCGGGUUCAAUCGGUACCAGAUGGAAUGGACUCCGGAUCAUAUAACGUUCAGUAUCAAUGAUAUCGAAACGGGAACCGUCAAGGUGGGAACAGGGUUUUGGGCUAGGGGUAAUUUUAACAUCACCUCACCGGGGAUGGACAAUCCGUGGCGGUACGGGAGCAUCAUGGCACCAUUCGAUCAGGAGUUCUACAUAAAAAUUUCGCUGGCGAUUGGAGGAAAUGAGUACUUUUCCGAUGACGACAUCAAUCCGACCAAGAAGCCGUGGAAAAAUGACUCACCCCAUCCGAUGACUGACUUUUGGAAUGCCCGGAACGACUGGUUGCCCACGUGGAAUUUGGACGAGAAUGACGCCAAAGAUGCAUCGAUUCAAGUGGAUUACGUCAGGGUGUGGGCACUGUAAAGUGUUUUGCUACAGCAGUGACGAUAACGAUGAUCAUCAACCCCCUAUCAUAUUAUUAAGAUAUUAGAUGCUAGCGAUGGACGGUCGAUGGAUAUUUAGUCGGGACAUGUUCCUCCGCCUCUCAUCAUCAGACCCACAAAAUUCGUCAUGGAGAGCAGAUAAUUGCUUUGAGUGAUAAAUAAUGUGAAUCCCCUCCCCUUUACUCUUCAGAACCUUUUUAUUGCAUCACGCUGGGAAACGCUCGUUGACGCAGUGAACGGUUUACGUAAAAAAAUGACCCUAAUGCAAAAGGAAGGUUAACGAUAUUUUAGAAGAUAAGUUUAUGGGCGAAAUAAAAUAUUUAGUUAUCAUCAACUUUCUAAACG